GUACAUAAUAUAUCGACUCACUCUCAGUUUGCAGUCAGUUUUCCACGCGGCAGGAUCAGUUACAAUUUCCAAGCGGGAUUUUACUUGUGUUGUUAUAAUAGCUGGAUACUCUAAAAGGGCUAUAGCACUGAAACGAAAACAAAAUAUUCUAGCCAAUAGCAACCAGGCUAGAGCAGUGUUGUACCAUUUUGUAUGAAUACCUGAUUGGCCGAUAGCACCGGCUCAAUAGCGCCAUCGCGAGCUUAUAAAUAAGAUUGCGAAGCAGCGCUGGACCUCUUUUCCACAGUAUUAGGUCGAGGGAAUAUUUGUCGUGUUAUUUAAGUGAGCUAACUCUAAAUUCAGAAUGCCGGAAACCUCAAAAGUAAAUGGAUAUGCUAAAACAAAUGGACACAGUUAUGAUAUGGAGGAUGGAUCUGUGUUCUUGUUCACGUCGGAAUCUGUCGGCGAGGGUCAUCCAGAUAAAAUGUGCGAUCAAAUAAGUGACGCUAUUCUUGAUGCGCAUUUAACACAGGACCCAGAUGCAAAAGUUGCCUGUGAAACCGUCACAAAAACUGGAAUGAUCCUGUUGUGCGGUGAAAUAACAUCAAAAGCAAAUGUUGACUAUCAGAAAGUUGUUAGAGAGACUGUCAAACAUAUUGGCUAUGACGAUUCCUCCAAAGGGUUUGAUUACAAGACAUGCAGUGUGAUGCUGGCCCUGGACCAACAGUCGCCAAACAUUGCUGCUGGGGUGCAUGAGAACAGGAAUGAAGAUGAAGUUGGGGCUGGCGAUCAGGGCUUGAUGUUUGGCUAUGCCACAGAUGAGACAGAAGAGUGUAUGCCACUCACAGUGGUGCUGGCUCACAGGCUUAACCAAAAAAUCGCAGAACUCAGACGGAAUGGCGAAUUUUGGUGGGCGCGCCCUGACUCCAAAACACAGGUGACUGCGGAAUACGUGUUCGCGGGCGGAGCUACUGUCCCUCAGCGAGUGCACACCGUCGUGGUCUCUGUUCAGCACUCCGAGAAAGUAUCUCUGGAGACUCUGCGUGAUGAAAUCAAAAGCAGAGUUAUAAAAGAAGUUAUCCCUCCACAAUACUUCGACGAGAGGACAGUUGUACACAUCAAUCCUUGCGGAGACUUCAUCAUUGGCGGGCCUCAGUCGGACGCGGGGCUGACGGGGCGCAAGAUCAUCGUGGAUACGUACGGCGGCUGGGGCGCGCACGGCGGCGGCGCUUUUUCGGGCAAGGACUUCACCAAGGUGGACCGCUCGGCCGCCUACGCCGCGCGCUGGGUGGCCAAGUCGCUCGUGCGCGCCGGUCUCUGUCGCCGCUGCAUGGUGCAGGUGGCGUACGCAAUAGGUGUCGCCGAGCCGCUGUCCAUAACCGUCUUCGACUACGGCACGUCGCACAAAACACAGCAAGAACUUCUUUCCAUCGUAAAAAAGAACUUCGACCUCCGACCGGGGAAAAUCGUCAAAGAUCUGAACCUCCGAGCGCCGAUAUACCAGAAGACCAGCACAUACGGGCACUUCGGGCGAGAGGGCUUCCCGUGGGAGAACCCCAAGCCGCUCGUGGAUUGACUUGGGGCGUGAGCGCGUAGCACCAUUGUAAAUAUUUCAUCAGUAAUUCGAACUUUGUACGUGUUUCCGUAGCGAGGUGGAAUGCCUCGCCGACUCUGUAGGAGUAUAGAUUAUUUGUUAUUAUAGGCUGAGAGCUGAGACGAUUUGUACUGAGUGUUUUGUACGAGUCGAAAACUUCGUGAAGGGAUUCGGUAGGAAGAAGUGUAGCGUAAUUUUAGCUUCUCUAUUUCGUAUAUUAAAUAGAGUUUGGAAAUGGUAUUAGGUCCAGGGUUAUUCUAACAGUUUAGUAAAAUUUUAAGAUAAAUUUUAGACAGAUAUAAAACACUUGACGAAUUGUCCACCAGCUCUUAGACCGCUACGACAGAUCUCGCGAAUGAUAAGAUGUUGACCGUUUGACAUUCAUUUGCGCGAUUCACUUUAAUUGUUAAGUAUUCGUUAAAUUAGUUCGAUAGGCGUAAAGGGUGCCGUCAUUUAUGAAUUUGAGUUAGUUCGGGGGGAAGCGGCAGUCCUACUGGAACACUCGACAGUUAGCGACCGAUGAUUUCCUUGAGCGAGCUACAAGAUUGCCAUUAUUUAAAUGCAUUUUUUUAGUUAAUUAUUCAAACUGACUAAAUAUGAUAAUUAAAUCUGUAAAAUAUUUAAA